AAUCGUCUCAAUUACAACAAAAUGCCUAAGAAGCGUAUAGGUCUAGUGAGAAAACACUUCUGGAACAUCCCGGGUUUAUCCAAACAAUCCUUAUGCAGCAUUGAGUGAUUCCGGACGUCAGUGCAAUAUGUUUUCCAUUGAUGCGGCAAGCGUUUAAAUAAUAUUAAGAAGAGAAAAAUGGAGGAUCUGCUGUUGAGUGUCGUGAAAGAAGCCACCGGGUCCAAGUUGAGCCAUCUGAAGCAAAAAUCUCAAGAGGCUCAUGAUUUAUUGGCGUCACAAAACAACCUUCUGCGGAACCCUUCCUAUGAACUGAGAUCCGUGUGUUUUGUCGCCUUAAAGUUGGCAUUAGAAAGUAAAAGAAGUAAGCUGGUAUCGCUAGCCUUGACUGGACUAAAUAAAAUCAUCCGCGACGAACGGUUCCAAACAGGAUCAGAACCAGAAGAUGACUCCCUAUGGCUUCCGGCACAGCUACUAUCUGCGACAUCCUCCAUGCUAUCUCAUUGUGAAGAUACGCAGGUACAUAUCCUCAGAGUCGUUCUGAACUUAGCUUGCACGGCAAGCUGGGCUCUGAACGGACGUCUGGUAAUGCUCCUGCUGAGCAGAUGCGGCGAAGCUUACGAGCUCGGAACUCAACCGGUGAGAGCUGCAGCGCAAGCAGCCGCAAGUCAAACUUUAACAGCUUUUUGCACCUUCUUGGAUGAGGAAUGCCAAGAAAUCCUGCAGCAGCAACAGAAACACAAAAAUUCAGGAAGCAGUGCCGAAAUGGUCUACACCAAAACAUCUGCGGUCGCAUGUUUCAACGAAGCGAUCCCGGUGAUGCAAUAUAUUUGCAGUAAACUUGAAGAAAACAAAGUGAUACCCAAAUCGGACGAUUCCACCAUAUUCUUGCUGGAAUGUUUGCUCACUUUAGUGAACACCCUGCCGCACACCGUCCAUUCGAAUAUUCAUUUCACCACGUUUUUGUGGCAGAGGUUUUGUCCUGCUUUGCUCGCCUUGCUUGGCUCGCCAGGAGAUCCGAGUGGACAAAGUUUGAACAACAGUCAAGCCAAGAUUGUUUAUAGCAUUGGGAUCCAGGUGGUGCGUCUGGUAGGCAGAGAAAGGCCUCUUAGACCUGUCCUGGAAGCUUUGUUUCACCGGAUGUUGCUGCUGCCCAGUCCAGCGAGACGGUUGGAACCUUUGAAGGCUGCCAAGGAGCUUCUGAGGUCACCUGGAAGACUUGCUGAUUUACUUUUGCUGAGUGGCCCAGUUCAUAGGCAUGCUGGAGAUGAUAUGGCUAUUAUAAGACUGAUAAUGGACUCCAUAGAGGAAUCUUCUCAGUGCAACGACCAUGGAGUCAUUCUGGCCAGUGUGGAAUGCGUCGGGGCUUUGCUGGGUUCACUGGAAGCGCUUUGCAGGGGAGAAGGGCUUAACCAAGAGGCUGCCGACCUUACUAAUGCUAGAUAUUCAUUACUAGAGCAUGCUGACUACGCUGGGCCGUUAACUUAUCAGUCUUUGGCUCGCUUACCUAAGCCUUACAGGGAUGUGGUGGCUAAUCUACGGUACCAAAGUGACUCUUCAGACAGCAGUGGCAUUGAGGGUAAUAUAAGGGAUGGGGAGGGUGAAGAGUCUGAUUGUUCGGGAGCCACUGAAGGUCCUGAGGAAGAAAUCAGUCAUUCGGACGAUAGCAUUAUGGACGACGAAAGCUUCCUUACCAAUCAGCAGUUGCAGAAGCUGUAUAAAUUACCCAAGUCUUUACAUUUAGGACGUACUGGGGUUGACGAGUGUAACACCGACAUCGAGAGGCAUAAUGCCAGGCAUUUUGUAAAGACUUUACAAAACAUUUUAUUGCCAAAUUUGCUGUCCCUUAGAUCAUCGAUUCAGGUUGACGAGGUGCUGCAGGAGUUCGCUUCCAAGUGCUGCCAGCACAACUCGGCCCAAAGCUACGAAAUCUCCACCAUCAUGAACGCUGAUGGGGUCUACUUAGCUACUUAUUCAGCUUUACUGUUGGAUCUCAAGCUGAUCCAAACUGGACAUUAUGACGAAAUUAAAAAAGAAGUACCAGUGCCGAUCACUGAAGCACAAUUCGUCGAAGAAAUCCAUGGCAGUGGAGUGCUGGUGUACGUAUCAGCAACUUGGUUAUGUGAACUGUAUCAAAAUGUCUUGGCCAAAUCUUUGUUACUCUCUGCUGGUUAUGAUCCUAAAAACCGACAGCAUCCUGCAUUAGUAAAUCUUUUAACAGAUGUCGGCGGAUUGUCUCCUUCCCAACUUUUAACCGAUUGGCAAAAGCUCCAAAAGGUCCACAGUGGUACUCCAGAAUCGAGUCCAGAAAGUGACGCGGGAAUUAAACUGUCCAGGAGAGUCUUGACUUGCUGCUGGUCCUCUGUGGUAUCAGUACUUGGCACACCCUUAAGGGAGAAACCCCAUAUGAGUGGCACUUCCGCCUUGAGUAGACUUGUGGCACGUAGAGCGAGACAGAAGCACCGACAAAAGAUGAAAGACGAUAUUAUUACUGCUAGUCUUGAGGGCCUACAUAAGGCUGCUAGCCUGAGUAAUACGUUGAAACUCCAAACAAGAAGUAGCAGCAUUCUCGCCCUAUUGUCAAGUUCGUCAUGCAAGAAUCCCUCGACCAAGUUGCUGGCAUCUCAUGCUCUCUCUCUAGAUGUGUUGCUUUCCAAAGGGCUCGAGUUGGGGUGCUACAGUUCGGCGUGUUGGCCGCACGUCUUCAGCGCGUGCGUAGCAGUGGCCAGCUUGGAGCACUUCCUGUUCAGCAAGAGUGGUGCAACACAACUACUGAUGGUAGCACAGAACUCCCAAAAUGUUGUCGUAUCGACCACCAAGUCUGGCAACCAAGACAAGGUGAACUAUAGUGCGUUGAAUAGUGAUGAGGAGACUUGCGUUGAUGUCUACAGCUUCCUCAAUAACUCCUCGUUUGACCUUACGUCAUCAAAUGAAACAACUAUAGCGGAUAUAGUCGAAAAGAGUGGGGCGAAUAAUGCCAAAGGUCAAGGGAUUCUGCGCGGUGUGUAUGCGGCAAAGGUCUGCUGCGCCUUGUCUCAGAAAGCAGACGAACUGUUCCACGCGGCCGCUCUGAGGCUCUCCUUACCUGGCCUGUGCAGCUUCAUGACUGAAAUGUGUAAAGCUUCACAUGCCCAGUUAUUUGCAAAAUAUGAAGAGUCUACUAAUAUUUCGAAAAAAUGGUGGAAGAAAGAGCUGGAGAUUCAGCAGAAGCCUCCGCCGACGCUACUGCUUCACCGCAUUGGUGAGGUCACGCUAAAAUGCAUCAAAUCUGGAAGACCGCUGAUUCACAUCAUGAAAGUGUGGUCUAUAGUUGGACCUCACUUUAUGCAAGCAGCUUGCCAUAAGGACCGUGUGGUGUCCAAGAAAGCUGUGACUUGCAUCCACGACUCUGUGACAGCUUUGCUUAAUGAGCAAGCGGAGCUGCCACAUUUCCAUUUCAAUGAAGCACUCAUCAAGCCAUUUGAAAACCUUCUUUGUUUGGAGCUGUGCGAUCUGGACGUACAGGAUCAGAUUGUAGCUUGCCUCUGCGAAUUUGUCGAAGCAAACCGAACGGAGAUCUGCUCCGGAUGGAGACCACUGUUUGGCACCCUACGAGUUGCCAAUGCCAAAAACAAUUCUUCCUCAAUCCUGGAAGUUUUCCGGAUUUUCUUAUCAACAGACAACACUUUGGUGUUCGCAAACGCCGCCUUAGACUACAUUUUGUGUCUUCUCUCGCACAUUAAGAAUCCUAGCGAUGAAUUGGUGGCAGAGACUGGAAAUUCCCUUCCGGCCACCCCAAGCAGCUUAGGCUCGAAAUCUAUCGCAGGAUAUUUCGAUAAAGAUGUCGAGUUUCCCGCGAAACUUUCAAAGGAUUAUGUGGAUCUGCGUGUGGAAUGUCUCAAGUUACUUCAGAACUGCGCGGAGAUCUUGUCGAUGAUGUACAGCAUGCCCAAGUGUCCGAAUUUCAAUUUGGCGCAUAAAGUGAAAAUUGAUUUUGAACCGACUUUGUUGGAUGCCACCAUAAAAGACUCUGAUGUGAUUAAGUUCAAUCAGGUUGAUCACGAGACUGUGGAUUAUGAGGUUUUAAACACCACUGAUGAUCUGAAGAGUUGUGCCAAGGAUAAGUUGACUUUAAACGACUUGGAUAAUCAGAGUGGGGUGCUAAAAGUGUAUUUUAUUUUGCUGGAUGGUUUAUCAAAUGCCAUUUUGGCAACGACAAAAAAUCAGCCCUACAUAAUAGAAACCCUGUUUAAACUGUUAAGGGAGCUAAUAGCGAACCCCGGGGUCAAAUUCGGCUUCUAUUGCAUCAACAAUGUUCUUCUUCCAAUGAUUCAGAGCUGGCUAAGGCAAAAUGCUAAAAUUCCACUUUCGAAGAAUCCAGAGGAAGCUUGGUUGAACUUUAAGCAUGGCUGUGGCUUGGCCAGCGAGUUGGUUGUGGAUUACUUAUAUCAAGUCCAAGGCGAAUCUCCUGUAGUAAAAGAAAACCCUGCAGCCACUUUAUCUUUGAAGCAAUUACUGCUGAUCCUCAUCGAGUGUAUCGCUCAAUCGCAAGAAAAUGUCGCCAGACUAGGCACCUCUUGCUUGCGUCAUAUCAUGCUGGGAGCUGGCAAGAUUCUUACGGAAAACCAGUGGGCUAUAUUGGUAACAGCAUUGCACAAAGCUUGCUACAUCAGCUUGGCGCCUCUAUGCCAGCUAACCUUAGCGUUCAAAGAAAAUUCUGAUAGCUUCUAUGGAGAUCUUGCUACGGUCAAAGUGGCAGCAAGGAAAGACAGCACUGUAGCUGACAACGAGAGGCUGUACGAGCUGGCUCAGCAAGUGUUUCUGAUGCCUUUUCAAAGAAACUGUGGAAAAUGUUCGGGAAAGAGUUGCGAGUGCGAGAAGAGCAUCGUGGUCGACGAUCGAAGCUACGUGUUUCUUUUAUAUCCAUUCGACUGUAGUGCUUUAUUGAAUCCUGAUCUUUACACCAUUAGGGUGCCGUUUAAGAAUUUAGUGGUGGGGAUUCUGGCUCAUCAAAUGCUGAUACAGACCAUAUCCAGUGCCCUGCUGCAAAAUUUGAAGCACGUCACGCCCAUUUUGAAGAUUUUGCAAAUUAAUUCUUGCAGUCUUAGAGGCAUUUUGCCCAGGGUAAGCGCCCAACAGAUCUACAUGCUGCUCAAAUGCUUGGAGAUGUCCAACGUUAAAGCCAAAGAGUUCGAUAUGCGACCAGGUCUUAAGUUCUUAACUCAGAAAGUGGGAAAUUUGUGCAAGAGUGCCAACUUGUACACUCAGGCCAACACUUCUGAGGUGGUGCAGAUAAUCGUUCUGAUUGAGUUGUGUCUGGAUGGCAUUGACAGGUACAAUAUUGAACCGAAAACUAUGAAAGAGAUUUUGGCCAAAGAGGACGUGGAUGAGGAGGAGAACGGUGAAGCUCCGGCCAUAGAUGAUAUGGUUUAUUUCGAGAAAUUCUUGAGGAAGUUACACUUUAAGUGGGAGAGGCUUUGCGAGUCAUAUAUAAAUAUUACGAUCAAUAUACCUGAAGAAAACGUUGAAGAUUCUGAGGAAAAUUCGCGCAAAGAAGCGACUCCUGAACCGCAAGUGUUUAAACUGGCAGAGUUUAAGCAGCAAUAUGAAAACGACAACGUGAGUACCAUUAGUACGGAUUCGGAAAGUUAUCUGGAAAAGGAGACGCUCCCAAAUUUAAAGGAAGCAGACAAAAUGGACAAAUCUCCUGAAAAGCAAACCUCAACCUCCACACCAGAAGAACACCAGAAAAAGAAGGAAAACGGUAGUUACUCCACUGAUGACGAGACGAACGAAAUGGCCGCCAAACGAUACGAGGUGGCAUAUGAAAAGUAUAAAGUCGAACUGAACUCCAUUAAGUACGACCGUAACACCCUUCUGCAAAUGAGGGAGUCCACCAUCUCCAGCGACAAUAUCAUUUUGAGUUGCACCAGGCCAGGAGACCUCACGAAGUCCACCAGUUGUCAACUCUGGACUGAAGAUGGGAAAAUAAACGGAAGUAGGAAAAUUCUGGUCGGCACCAGUCCGAAGUUAAACCCGUUCAUGCCCUCGACCCUACCACCACCGCAACCAGUACCACCAGAGAUCCAACAGCAGAGAGCCAUUAGUAUUUGCAAGGAUGCUGAGGCAUAUAAAACGACAAAAAUCGAAACAAUGGAGGCCUGCCUGGAGCUCUUGAGUAGCCUUUCGUCGGAGAAAUUGUCCCCUCUGGCGUCAAUUUUGAAACAGGGUGCUGUAAUGCUGGUGGGAGCUCAGGAUGAGAAAAUUAAGAAAAGUGCUGAGGUUCUAUUGCAAAGGAUGAACAUCUCUUAUGUAGACCAUGAUAAUUAUUGACUUAAGAGUCGAAUUUAAAAAUACAGGGAACCAAUGUAGCAUGUUCCUAUAUUAUCAUAUAACCAGGAGAUCAUAUUUUGGGAUACCGUGUAGAGUUUCUAUUGGAUGAGAGGUAUGUUAUCGUUUUUAGCCAAAAAGCUCAUGUGUAUGAGAAUAUAUUGACUGCAGCUUUUUUUAGUUAUAUAUUGUGAUCAGUAUCUCAUAUUUGACAUAAUGAUGUAUACUACUAUAUAUGUGGAAAAAUAUAAAACUUAAA